AUGAAUGUGGGAACCUUAGGGUACAUGGCCAUAAAUCUUCAAGCAUUUCAAGUGAGAUACGUAAGUCCUUUUGUUGUUGGAAUGAUCCUCCGACCAAGACCGCGCAUUAGGAUUCGCGCUUAUCUUCUUAAAGCUUCUCGAAAGAAUCUUUGUCCAGCUGAACACAUUCCUCCAAAGAAGCUUCUGGCCAAGGAUGAGAACAUGCAAGAUUGUGGUGACGGAUUCGGGAAGGCAGAGCCUGCAGAAGGAUAG